AUGGACCCUCUCGAGGCGUCGCCGAGGUGGCUGCUUCGUGCCAAUAUCCGAGGGGAAGAGGGAGGCUGCGGCUCGUGCCAGUACGACCGCCAGCGGGCCAAAGAAAUAAAUCCGUCCGUGCACACUCGUAACAAGGGUGGAUACAAGCGGGCAAUCACGAUAACGAGCGCAUUUAUAACCGUACGAUGCGAAUCAUACGCACUGGACAAAUACGCGACCGAGUUAUGUCGUCUGGAGUGGGGGGAUGUGGGGGAUGGAGGGAUGGAAGAAGCAAUGAGUGGGCGAAGGGAACAGGGAGGGGUCGAACGCAGUCAUCAUCAAAGGCUG